AUGCCUGUAGGGGCAGCGUUAUGGCGUAAUUUACGCGCACAUCAAGUCUACGGCGCUAACACUGACGUGGGGAAGACCAUCGUCUCCACGGUGUUGUGUAAUGCCGUUCAACGACAGAAUCAACAAGCCGCUUUCCUCAAACCUGUGUCAACAGGUGCAUUGAAUGAUGCUGAUGACAGACAUUUAAAGCGCUUCGGGGCGGGAACACUCACCAAGUGCCUCUACCAAUUUGAUGACCCAGUUAGCCCGCAUUUGGCGGCAAAAGAUAAAGUGGUCCCACGCGAUGAGGAUCUCCUCGCCUCAAUACACAAGACGCUGUCCGGUUGGGCCCGGUCGGACAUUGACUUCGCCUUGGUCGAAACUGCUGGCGGCGUACACUCUCCAGGACCCAAUGGAAACUCCCAGGCGGACUUGUAUCGACCUCUCCGCUUGCCCAUUGUCCUAGUGGCGGACUCUCGUCUAGGAGGUAUUUCCUCUUCCAUCUCUGCCUACGAGUCCCUCCUACUCCGCGGCUACGAUGUCUCAUCGGUUCUCUUGUUCCGGGACGAGUACUAUCAAAACCAUGAAUACUUGCGCGAUUACUUCCAGCGCAAGAGUAUUCCUUUAGUAUCAUUGCCCGCACCACCUCCUCGACCAUCGCAAUUGGAUCCCAACUCUCAAUUAAGGGAUGAGGAAGCUAUGCUCAACUACUACCAAAAGUCCGCAAAAGAGUCGGAAAUCCUCCGCCUCUUGGAGGAUAUGUCGGUUAAGAAUACUGAGCGCGUCGAGCGCCUGGAAGAAAUGGCGGAUCGUGCCCGGGAUCUGAUCUGGUACCCCUUUACUCAACACCAAGGCAUGAAGGCCAAGGACAUCACCGUAAUCGACUCCGCACAUGAUGAUUACUUCCAGACAUUCGGCCGUGGUCAAUCUCAAUCACAAAGCGAACUGCGCCCGACCUUUGACGGCUCUGCCUCCUGGUGGACCCAAGGCCUGGGCCAUGGUAACCCCGAGCUGUCGCUUUCCGCUGCCUAUGCCGCCGGUCGGUACGGCCAUGUAAUGUUUGCGGGCGCAGUUCACGAGCCCGCCCUCUCGCUAGCGACUGAUCUGCUGAAGGCUAUUGAUAACCCGCGUUUCAGCAAGGUUUUCUACACCGACAACGGAAGUACUGGUAUGGAAGUCGCUGUAAAGAUGGGUCUUCGUGCAUCUUGCGACCGGUAUGGUUGGGACGCGACUCAGGAACAAAUCAGUAUCUUGGGACUCAAGGGCAGCUACCACGGUGAUACUAUCGGUGUCAUGGACUGUUCGGAGCCUUCGACAUAUAACCAGAAGGUUGAGUGGUACCGUGGCCGCGGUCACUGGUUUGAUUUCCCUCUCGUCAAGAUGGUGGGCGGGUCUUGGAAAGUGGAGGUUCCAGAGGAGCUGCAGGCGGACCUUGGUGAAGAUUCUGACUUUGCUUCUUUGGGCUCGGUCUUUGAUCUCACAGAGCGCCUUGAAUCUGCCACGGCCAAGCGCUACAAGGAGUACAUUCACCGCACUGUUGAGGGUCUCGUCCAGCGCCAGGGGAUGAAGUUCGGUGCUUUGAUCUUGGAGCCUAUCAUCCUCGGCGCAGGUGGAAUGUUGUUCUGCGACCCCUUGUUCCAGAGAUGCUUGACCGAUGUGGUCCGCGACCACCCUGAACUGUUCUCCGACAACGCCUCAGCCCCUAAGCAAUCUCCCUCAUGGUCUGGCUUGCCCGUCAUCUUCGAUGAGGUGUUCACCGGACUUUACCGCCUCGGUCGCCCGACCUCCGCUUCCUUCCUGGAUGUCCACCCCGAUAUCGCAGUCAACGCCAAGCUCCUCACUGGCGGUCUUAUCCCACUCUGCACCACAGUAGCCAGCGAGGAGAUCUUCGAUGCCUUCUCUAGCCCGGAGAAGAGCGAUGCUUUGCUUCAUGGCCACAGUUAUACCGCCCAUGCUGUUGGUUGUACGGUUGCUGUGGACUCCCUGAAGACCAUGGCUAAGCUUGACUCCAAUGGUUCUUGGGAUGCAUAUCGGGAGGACUGGAGCAACGGCUCUAAGGCGGCUACACAUGCAUCCACUCCUGAAGUCUGGAGUGUGUGGUCGCAAGGCCUACUUCAGGACUUGUCUUGCGCGGAAUCAGUGGAGAGUGUCUUCGCUAUUGGAACCGUGUUGAGCAUUUCGCUACGUGAUGCAGACGGUGGAGGAUACACCUCCAAUGUUGCCAAGGGGCUGCAGCAGAGUCUGGCGGUUGGAGGUGAUCAAUUCAAUGUCCAUUCGCGCGUCCUUGGAAACGUUCUAUACUUGAUGUCUAGCGUUACAUCCAAGUCCGAGUCAUUACAAGAGAUGGAGAGUUUGCUGCGAUCGGCUCUGGUCUAG